AUUACCUAUACGAAUAUAAUACUGAAUUUCGGUUUCAGACUAACAUCGUCUCAAAUAAUUGCACCUGCAUAUACAUACGCCACUUACAUACAUGAAAUGAACUAGAUUGAGAUCGGAUAUAUCACAAACAUAUAAAUAUCACCAACUUAACCUGGCAUGCUCGUGCAGUUGGUAAAGCAUUCGACUAAAAAAUUAAAAGCAAACCAAAGGCUGGGGGUUCGAUUCUCACCGCGGUCAAGAAAAAUUUUCAGCUUGCCUGGUAUGGACACACUCAGAGUACCCUACAUCUCAAAUACACUUAACAUUCUGCUUUGCAGGAAUGGGAGCAGUUCAGUCGAUUCCGCUAGUUGGAGAAGCUGUGACUGUUAUUGACAGUGGGGUGAAACUUGUUGCUGCCGGUGCUUGUGCUAUUACGGGAGAAAUACUAGAUGAUGAAGAUGCAAAAAAAGCUGCCAAGACGUUCGUUGAGGACGCGGGUAAAACUUGGGUGGAAUAUUCCGAGAGGAAUGUAAUAGCAGCACCAAUACGCGCAACCGUACACGCUGUGGAUAACAAACCUGAAGAAGCGCUGAGAGUGUUAGGAAAGAUGGGUCAUUCGGUCGAACAAGUCGUUGACAACACACCUGUUGUUGGCCAUGCAAAAGGUGUUGUUCAUUAUAUCGGUGGGGACACUGAACAUGGUGACAAUUGCAUGAAAGGGGCGAGUCGCUCAGUGGCUGUACUUGGUGCAGGAGCUUUAACUGGAGGCGUGGGUGGAGGAGCAGUUUUGGGCGGAUUUGCUGCAGUUACAGGGGGAGUCGCUUAUGAUACAACUGUAAGUGUAAUUGAAAGUAAUGUAAAGGAUAAAGAUUGUCCUUAUGGAGUGAUUCAGUCAAUCGACCAGGUUAUAGAAUCAGAUAAAAAAAGAGAUGGGCAUGGCGUAAUUAGUGGAUUGAUAGACAUUGGAUACGCAACGGUUGGUGAUUUUGCUGCUGGCGCCGCUGCUGCCAAGACCGCUAAAUCAGUAAAGGAAUCAAUAAAAGCAAAGAAACAAAGAAAUGCAUUGGGAAAAAAAGUUGGAAAGGAAGGAGUUAAGGAUGUAGUCGAUACAGCGAAAGAGUUAAAAAGCAAAACAAAAGAUGUGAAAGGAGACAACCACGUUUGCACCAAGACAAAAAAUCUUGAGACUGGAGAAACAAAAUAUGGCUACAACAGAAGAUGUCGUGUCGAGAUGAGAAAAAAUGAGUUCGCGAAAAAAGGAAAAGCCAGUGGAUACAGAAGUAAAACAAAUGCAGCGAAAGGUCACCUUGACGAAUUUUCAAGAGAAGCAGGGGUGCUUGAGAAUGCAGCAAAUGAGACCAAUAUGGAGAUCAAUUCGGUUAGUAAUAGGGCUCCAAGAGCAUGCGCAGAGCACCAUUCCUUUAACAAACUCGGUACCCAUGGUGGAGAAAGUAAUAUUCGUACAAGUAGUGUGAUGAAAACAAAAGGACAGUUCGUGACUGUAGAGAGAUGUGGAAACUGCAAGCAAUACGGAAAUUUGAUGGGAAAUGUUAUAACAGAUGAUGUUGCUGGAAUGCCCGUACCUACCACGGAAUUUUCUAAAAGUUCCGUUGCGUUAGCUGGGGUUGCAGUGAUUUUCUGCACUAAAUGUGGCGCCAAGAAAUGUGAAAAUGAGGAAUGUCACACUGAAAAUAAGAAGGAUUAAUGAAUUCUAUAUAUUGAAUAUUCCAUGCAAGCAAAAUGGUAGCGACGAGACUUUCGUUUAGGUAGUAAUUAAGCAUGUUUUAGUUUCAGUGUAUUACAUUUGAAUUAAGCGACAACGAUGAGCAUCGAUGCUCAGAAACAAUAAAACAAUUUUGUUUGAUUUUUUUGUUACAGCCGGGACAUGGUUGCUUGUAUUACUAAUCAAUUGCAAACUCAAUGAUUGUUAGUGUUAGAUGAGUAUCACUGCAGAUAAAGGUUGCUUGGUAAUACUUAGAUAAGCGGUAUUCCGUACGUACUUGGUCGCCAGUCUCAUUUAUAAUAUAAUAUUAUAAAAUUUAUAAAGCACUUAUUAAUAAACUAUUCUAAAGCGCCAGGUACAAACAGUGAGAUAUAAAAUCAUAAAGUUACUUUAGACUAUAUUUAUACAUUAUUCACAGUUAAUUGAAAGUUAAAAAUUGUCUAUAUAUAUGAAAAACACUACUAAUGUACGCUUCCCUAUAAAGAAAUGUUUUAAGAUGUCUCUUGAAACAGUCGACCGAAGACGAAGCACGAAUGUCAAGUGGGAAUGAGUUCCACAGAAAAGGGCCAGCUCUCACAAAAGCACGAUCGCCCGAUGUCUGGUAUAAUUAAAUAAUUAAUAUACGU